UUUCCACAUCCCCAUGUCCCUUAGAACAUGGAGGAAAUUAUGGUAGUCUUCCCUACUUAAAUUCCCAUUCUCUCUCUCUCUUCCUCAUCUCAUCUCAUCUCAUCUCGAACACCAUAAAAGCUCUCGUUGAACAACAGACACUUUCUAGUUCUUGAAGCAACAACUCCAUCAAUCCCAAGUUAGAAACCAAAGCAACAUGCCAACAUAAAGUAAAUAACCAAGACUCGCUCUGUCAUCAUUGCGCUUGAAUCCAACCAAAACAAAACCACUCGUGGCUUCCAUUAUCGGAAGAUUCUCAUUCUCCUCCCUAUAAGACCUUAUCUACACAGCUUGCUAGAAUAGAUAUGGAAAUUGAAUCGGUCAAGUGUGAGUGCUGUGGCCUCAAAGAGGAUUGCACCCAAGAAUAUAUCCGCGAUGUGAAGGCUAAGUUUGACAGCAAAUGGUUAUGUGGUUUGUGCUCAGAAGCAGUGAGAGAUGAAGUUAACAGAGCGAAAAGGCCUUUUGCUAUGGAGGAAGCUGUGAAGGCUCACAUGUCAUUCUGUGGGAAGAUCAAAUCGAAUCCCGCAGUAAGAGUCGCUGAUGGCAUGAGGCAGAUGCUAAGGAGAAGGUCAACUGACUUGUCUUCAUCGUCAAGCAAGUACAGUGGCAGGUCAAACACCACUUCUCAAGUCACUGAUUCCUCCACGUUCCCAUUGCACCCAUGAAAACAGAGGAGGCUGGAAGUUGGGAACAGGGAAAACCAUAUAACUCUGUUUUCUUUUCGUUCAAAUAAAAGUUUAUACUUAGCUUUUUGUGGCUAAGCUUCUCAUUUUGUCU